GAGAAAUCCUACCUCCUCCUCCUCCCCGACAACCCCCACCCAACUACCAUCACAACCCGCCUGGAAAACCGCGAAAACCACUUAGCGCACAACGCCCCGUACUUCGCAUCAGGGGAGAUCGGCUUCGGGGGACCGAUGCUGUCGUCACACGACAACACCCAAACAAAGAACCCAGACAGCAACAACGAGGACGACAACGAACUAAACCUCUCGAAAAUCAUCGGCAGCAUUCAUCUGGUGCACGCGGCGUCGGAGGAGGAGGUAUGGGCGAUGGGGCGGGCGGAUCCGUAUGCGGUGCUUGGGAUGUGGGAUUUGGAGGCUGUGGAGGUUGUUCCUGUGAGGGUUUUGCUG